UCACUUUUAAGUCAACUUUCAAAAAACAAAAAAAAACACGCUUACAGUAGUAAUCUACAAGAAAUCAAAUCUAUAUAAAAACAUCAAAAACAAGAUCUUUUUUCUCUGUAUACCUUUAAUUACAAUCGACAAGCAAUAGGUUGCUAAAAUCUUGAAAAUGUCUAAAGGAUGUUUAAGUUGUCUCAACAUCAUCUGUUUGAGGAGGAGGAAGCAAAAGAAGAAGGAGCAGAGUAAGAAGCAACAACACAAUCAUGUGAAAAUAGAGGAUGUGGUUGAGCCAGUAGGAGUCGAAGAUGGUGAAGAAGAAACCCCGGACAAGAAGACAAACGUCAUGGGAUCACCGGGAUACAGAAAAUCUGAAUAUAUGUGUACUAGCAACAUUAUUUAUGGAAAACUUGGGGAAGGUGAUUCUUCUUCAUCCUUGAAAAAUGAUUUCAACAAAGUGAAGAGCUUUGAUUUACGAGGAGUGACGAAAACGAAAACAGAGGAAAACUAAGGAACAAGAUGGGACGUGAGUAUUGAGAUGUAAUGUUCAUCCUGGUUAAAUUAGCUCUAGAUUGCUUUCUUUCUCACUAUUAUUUUAAUUUAUAAUCUUGUAUUGAGCCACUGGUCUGAGUGGUCUCUACUUUUUCCUAUGCGAGAUGUAAGCUAUGUCAUACUUAGUUAAAGAUGUUUUAAUACACCAUAAGUACUGCUAGGUUAAACAUAUAAACAAAAUGGCACUUACAUUCAA